GUUGCAUAUCGCUAUUUUGCUUUGUCUUCUCGGCGCCAUUGUCAUCUCCUUACUGGCGCUUUUGCUCCCCAAUGAAAACUACCACCUCUCUGUAUUCUCGGUGUCCCCCAUCGGACAUCGGGUCCUCGGUGCGCCACCAAGCGUGCCUCUCAAUGCAACCUCGGCCAGGGCGAAACCCAGCGCAACGGCAGUUAUCCUACACAAUCGAACCCUUGCUAACGCCACCUUGGAGGGGAACUGGACAGGUGUUGAUGGACCCACCAUCUACGUCGGCGUCAUGCGUGAGUGGACCAAGGCUGAUUGACGCUCAAAAAGCCACAGAGUUAUGCUCGAGAGCCAGUCACGACGCAGACGUCAACUGUACGUCUAUAUCCGAAGCAAGUUCUUGUGAGUGCCGAAUGCUGUUAGUGAAGCUCAUAUGCCCCCUCAGAUGGCCGUUUGCUUCCAUCUUCCUUGAGCAGCACAAUCACAAAGCUGCCCACAUCUCCACUCACACCGAUCCUUCUCCUGGCAGGAGGUAUAGCCACGCUGAUGGCGAUAAUCGUUCACUUGAUCGGGUUGGCCAUACAAGUAUCACUGAGGGGGAGAGCGGCCAAAUUUUGGAGGCUCAAGCUUUGGUCGCGCAGACCAGCUCUUCCCGCCAAAGACCCUCUUGAAUCGGACUCUUUGACUGGCUUGGUCGGCUCUUCGACGCGCAAGCCCAAGUCUACUGGCGCUAUCAUCGCUUCUCAAAUCUUGAUUGUCGUUGCGCUCGGUCUCAGCAUUGCAUCAGCAGUUCUGGAGCUCCAGGCAGUGAAUCAAGCAAGGGAAAGAUGGGACGAUAAUCAAGCCGAGCAGUAUGGGCUCAAAUUGACUGUAGACACAGCCGCAUAUCGUAAGUUCUGCUGAUUGGUCAGUCGCUCAGAUAAUUCUCAGUCAUCGCAAUGGUACCUGCGGCUUUGUUGCUUGCCAUUCUGCUCUAUCUCAUACCGCUAGUCC